AGGCUGGAGCGCGCACCCAGCACCGGAUAAGAACAAGCGGAGGACAGUCGGGGUCGAUGUGAGAGCGUGCGCCGACCAGGGCCCUCCCUGCAGAGCCCCGGGCAGGGCCAUGCCGGCGCGCUCCUCCCGCACUGCAGUCUGCAUCCACUAGCUCCCUCCACGGCGGCCUGCCGUCCCCUCUCCUGGGCGAGAGCUUGGUCCCACCAUGUGCCCCAGGGUGCUGUGGGUGGCUCUGCCCACGCUGUGCCUGCUGGCCUGCUCCGUGCAGGGGAAGCCACUGCAGAGCUGGGGGCGGACAUCGGCUGCAGCGAAUGCCCGCGGGUCUCUGGGGGAGUCCCGAGGUGAGCCCCGGGAGGGCCCCUUCGACCUGAAGAUGUUCCUGGAGAACAUGAAGGUGGAUUUCCUGCGCAGCCUCAACCUGAGCGGGGUCCCCUCCCAGGACAAGACCCGAGUGGAGCCGCCGCAGUACAUGCUCGACCUGUACAACAGGUACACCACCGACAGGGCGGCCGCCCCAGCGUCCAACAUCGCGCGGAGCUUCAGCGUGGAAGGUGCCGUCUCCAUAGCCGCCACGGAAGACGCCCCCUUCCAGAAACACGUCCUGCUCUUCAACGUCUCCAUCCCCAGGCACGAGCAGGUCACCAGGGCUGAACUCCGACUUUACGUUUCCUGCCAAAACCACGUGGACUCCUUUCAUGGGCUGAAAGGCCACGUGGCCAUUUACGACGUUCUGGACGGAGCGGGCGCUUGGGACGCCACCGCAGGGACCAGGACCUUCCUGGCAUCCCAGGACAUCCGGGACGAGGGCUGGGAAAGCCUGGAAGUGUCCAGUGCCGUGAAGCGGUGGGCCAGGGCGGACGCCACCACAAGCAAGAACAAGCUGGAAGUGACCGUGGAGAGCCACAGGAAGGGCUGUGACAAGCUGGACAUCAGUGUGCCCCCGGGUUCCAAGAACCUGCCCUUCUUCGUUGUCUUCUCCAACGACCGCAGCAACGGGACCAAGGAGACCAGGCUGGAGCUCAGGGAGAUGGUGGGCCAUGAGCAGGACAGCGUGCUCCAGGGGCUGUCCAAGAACAGCCACGGCAUGGAGGAGGACAUGGACAGCCACACGGCCACGGGGUCAUCUCUAGCCAGGCGGAGAAGGAGCACCGGGACCAGCAGCCACUGUCAGAAGACCUCCCUGCGCGUGAACUUUGAGGACAUUGGCUGGGACAGCUGGAUCAUCGCGCCCAAGGAGUACGACGCCUUUGAGUGCAAGGGCGGCUGCUUCUUCCCCCUGGCGGAUGACGUGACGCCGACCAAGCAUGCCAUCGUGCAGACCCUGGUGCACCUCAAGUUCCCCACCAAGGUGGGCAAAGCCUGCUGCGUGCCCACCAAACUCAGCCCCAUCUCCAUCCUCUACAAGGACGACAUGGGCGUGCCCACCCUCAAGUACCACUACGAGGGGAUGAGCGUGGCGGAGUGUGGGUGCAGGUAGUGCCUGCCUAUGAGGCUGGCAGAUGCAGGCCAGGGAAGGGGGUGCUAACGAGGGGUUCUGUGUCGCCCUGGCCGUGAUGGGGACUAAGUCAACCUGCAUGCCAGCCUGGAGAAGGACAGAGAGCCCAGGAACCCUGCCAUCACUCAGGCCCACCCAGAGCACGUGCUGCUGGGCUCCGCUGUCGGGGAGGACAAUGGCUGGGGGAUGCGGGGGUUUGGACAGAAUAGAAAAGCCCAGAAGGGCUGCUUGAGAGUGGGGGAGGGAAGAUGGCAAAAAGGGAACAGGGAAAAAAUAGUCCAGAGCAGAGAGGUGAUGUGCACACAUAUGGAACCCAAAGGGUGGAGGACAGACGUAUUCCAACCACGGGGGCCGGGGGAGGGCCGGGAAAGAAGGGAAAGUACUGCCCAGUGCCACAUGCCCGACACUCACAGCCUAGCCAGGUGGCCCUUGUGACCAUGACUGCCAGUCUACCGAUUUGGACACAAGGCACAGGCAGGCCAGGUGCCCAGGCAGGUCACACGGCAGCCAAAGAGCAGCCAGGCAGCGGCGGACCAGCCUGGCUGAGCCCAGCCCAUCGGUACACGCCCGCGGGGCUGUGUUGCUCUGUAGGUCCCAGGCACAGCCUGACUGCUCGGUGCCUUUGCUCAUUCUGGGCCAAUGCUUCCUAAUAUCACCGCAGGUCACUGAAGACCUACCCCCAGAGUGCACUGUGGCCAGAGCUGCUCCGACCCGCUGCGGCAGUGCUGUCUGGGUGUCCAUGGACUCAAAUCAGGUAGCGGCUAGGAGUGGGGACCACUCACCCUGAGGGGCGGGCAGCCAGGGGCAGCCUCUGCAGUCGUGGCUCCUCGCCAGCCCACUCGCACAGGACACCCAUGGCCGGCCUGGAUUUGCACUGUUGGAAUGAAACGUGCUCUGGCUUCGGCCCCUAGUUUUACUGCUCGGUGACACGCGCUCGGAUGCUACAAUGUCCAGCCUCUGGGGAAGGGGCUCCCCGGCCUAUGAAGAACAUGGGUCCUUAUCAACCAUGUUCGGCUCCGCCCACACUGGUGGCUUUGUGGGCAACGUGCGCCCAGCCCUGUCCAGGGCUUGCAUGACGGGACGGGUCUCAGCCCCCCUGAGCCUGAGGGAGAGCAGACUUCUCACUUCCCCUGUUUCAUGCUCUCCUCUCCCGGCCACACCUGAACCGGGUGGAGUGACAGGGAGUGUGAACGUGAUGGAGACUUCCAGCAGGAGCAUGGUCUGGAGGAAGCACAGAGAUUUGAACCACUGCCACUAGCUGAAGCUCCCACGCUGUUUUCUUUUUUGAGAGAUUUUUGAUAUACGGCGUGUGCGCUCACUGGAGAGACAGAGUGAAA